GUACUUGAGGCGAAUAAUUCAGUAAAAUCUGUUCAGAAGACGUUACGUGUAAUACGUUUAAAAUUCUAUAUUGUGCAUCAGUUUGCUCUCCAUGCAUAAACUUCGCUCUCAUCUCUCAUAUAUGACAUAAUUGUAGAACUCAAAUCAAUCAAUUUAUUUACUCGAAAUACACGCAUACAUGGGAGUUCAACGAGGCUGGUGCAUAGUUUUCGUGGUGAUCGCCGCGUGUACGUGUGGUGCACGCACGAAAUGUGACGAAACCGCGCAAAUUUCCUUUCUAACAAGCGUGCACGACGAUCCAUCGUGCACAAAACUGUCGACAAGGGGCGUUAUGCUCUACGAAGCCGCCAACCUUCUCACCGAAAUUCACAAUAACAAAACCAACGAAUUCAAAAUCGAAAUUACCGUUUUGGAUACAUGCGGAAGUAUAACGGGUGCCUUAAAAGCCGUGAUGAAGGCUUUAGUUUGGGCGGAUAUCAGCUGUUUGCAUCCACCUCAUUAUCUAGGAAUCAUCGGACCGGAUACCGUGACUAACAUCGAAGCGGUACACAAAAUAACUUCGAUACUGAAAAUCCCGCACAUCAUCAAGAAACCAUCGAUUUCUCCGUAUUUGCAUUCUUUGGCGGAAGAAUCAAACUCCUAUUUAGUGCAGGCAAUCUUGAAAAUGAUAGAAAUCUUAAAGUGGAAAUCCUUCACAUUAGUAACUAAUGUGGAUGAUGAAAACGAUGAUGUACAAAAUAUUGCAAAGAAGCUAACGAUAAAUGCCAUUGAAAACAAUUUGUGUGUCAUAAUUCACGAUAACGAUGAAGAAGAUUAUACGUCACAUAUCGUACAUAUCGGAAAACCAGUACAGAAAUUUUUCAACAAGCCUAAAAAUGCAACCAUAUUGAUUAUCAGCGAAGGGAAUUUAAAAAAUUAUUUGAAUCAUAUAAAUUCAAGUAACACCAUAUUGCUCUUAGAAGAUUCCAGAAAUAUAAUUAACGGUCUGGAAUGGAGAGUCGAAAAUUCGCAAUGGUGGAUAUCGGAUAAUAAAUUUGGAAAAUACAAUACCGAAGAAUUAAAACAAGUCAAAUGGUUAGAAAAUGCUAUAGAAAUUUAUGUGAAAGCUUUAAAAAUGUUAUGCAAAAACAAAAAGUGCAAGGAUCAAAUACAUCCUUUAGAUUGGAAUCACGUGGUGUCGAAUGUAUUAAUGACGUAUAGCACGGAAUCGAAAGCGACACCAAAGUUCCUCGAUCUAUCUAUGAAAAAGAAAACAAGUAAUCUAGAGCAUCUGGGUGGCAUAAUUGUGCGCCAGAAUAAAACAAAAAUUUAUUGGGAUGAGAGCGAAUUGGAUGAGAAAGAAGAUGUCAUAUUAGAACAAAUCGAGAAAAAUCAAGAAGAGUCACCAAUCCAUGAAAACUUAUUGUACAUUUUUAAAGAAUUUUUGAAAGAAGAAAAUAAAUCACGUUUAGGAUGCGCUACGACUGUCAAAGAAACCAAAAUGUUGGAUGAAAAGAACAGUGAGACAAGACAAAUCUUAGUUUCGGGAAUGGAUGAUAAUGAAUGGUGGACAAUGGUAUGUACGGUAAGCGGCGUGGGAGUUGCUAUGUUCCUGGUGGGAAUUCUCGCCGUUUACGUUAUUUACACGAAUAUACGAAAGCCGAGAUGUCCCAAGAGUAAAAAUCAUCUGGAUAGAGAUACCAGCUUGAGGAGAAUGAGCAGCGACAGGGAAUUACCUACAACCAUAACUACCCGUAACCAGCGAGCGUUGCGCACUCCACAAAGAAGAGAUAGUGACAGAAGUACGAUAUCUGAGAAAAGCGUUUGAAUGCGAAUGCGAAAGGAAUAGGUCGCAUGAAUAAUGAAUAAGGAGAGCGGAAAA